AUGUCAGCAGCAUUGCAGAGGCCGGGAGAAGAUGGAUUUGGGUCGCGAACCCCGGGCACCCCCAGACCAGAGAUGAUGCCAACACGGGCGACGACCACUUCGACUCCGGUCCAGAUCCCGACGAGACCGAAAUCUCGAGACCCGACGCACCCGGCGCAUACGCAAAAGCCACACCGCAACCAUGGAGGCCGGAGGAAUCAUUCCAUGGCCCGUUCGAGGGAUGCCCACUCUCGUGACGCUAUCCCACCCUCGGUGGCGGCCCUGUUGGCCAUCACGAGCAUCCCGCCGCCCAAGGCGGCACGGAGCCUACGACAGACAAAGACAGAAAAAAGAAUGACUGUGGAAUCUAUCAUUGAGAGGGCACAAGAGUCCGAGAAGGAACUUAGUCUAACGCUGAGCAAGAGCCCGUUGGACAUUCUUUUGAUGGCACCCGAGGACCUCGAGGCCGAUGACACAUCUGUCUGCGAUAGUAUUCCCGAGUCGGUCCUUUCCACCCGGACAAUCUCAAUGGAGUCCAUGCCGUCGCUGAGCAACUCUUUCACUACCGACAACACAUUUUCGUCGCUCGAGUCGCCUCACACACCACUGAGGAGGCGCAACAUUCAGCCAACCCGACGCUCUAUGGAGCCAGUAUCGUCACCACCCGGCGAACCAGAGAAUCACCCGUUGUCAUCUCCCGAGGACGAAAUUGCGGAUUUGGAUCUAAGUGUAUUCAGUGGCAAGGAGGAGGCCCCGGACAAGAAGACUUCACGGUUACCUUUCAGCCCACUCAAGUCGGCCUUCAAGUCGAACUUGACCGCCUCGUUACGAGCCUUGCGCCAGGCUGCACGCUCCUUCUCCAACCUGAAUUUCUCGUCGAUCCCGCCCGAGGACUUCCUCACGCGAUCCAUCCUGACGAUCGACCCCCAGGUCCCAUACACUGACGAGCGCAGGCCGCCCCCUCUCGAGGAGGAACCGACGGCCGCGCUUCGGCGCUACCUGAACCCCACCACAACAGCGCGCAUGGAGAAGCCCGCGCCUGUGGCAUCCGGACCAGCGCUACGAACCUUCACGGCUUCCAUUCAGAUGCAGACCUACAAGAUCCAGCGGGCGCGCAGUCCGUCAUCCAACUCGGGCCGUUCGCCUUAUCCGUCAAUCGGCCCCUCGUCAACAUCGACGGCGGCAGCGUCGCAGCCGCCGCAACCGAAACCCGUGGUGACGGAGCACCCCAUGCCGGGGCCACGACAACGCGAGAUGCGCGAGAAUCCCGAUUUCAUCCGCAUCGCCGUCAUGGAGAUGGCCAUGCGGAAGAGCGGUAAGCUCGACGACCAGCGACCCGGCCGCGCGCGUUGGGCGCUUCCACCUCGAAAAUCCAACACCAGCCCCUACGAGAUUGGGCCCGACGGAGUGCCCGCCAGAUGGGUUGCUGUCACUCACUAA